AUGCACCACCAGGGCAUUUUUCGUGUAUCAGGCAGCCAGGCGGAAAUCCUUGCCUUCAAGACGGCCUUCGAGCAGGGCGAGGAUCCGCUGAUAGGUCACUGUGAUGCUCGGGACAUCAAUUCGACCGCCGGUCUACUAAAGCUCUACUUCCGUGAACUUGGCGAACCGCCCUUCACCAAUGCCGUCUUCAUGGACCUUGUCAAUGCUGUGCGCGAACGUCGUGACAUGGAGGAUGGUGUUCAAAAGCUGCGCGAAAUUGUCAGAUGCGGCCUCUCCUCAGCUGUGUUUGUCGUUAUGCGGUAUUUAUUCGCGUUUUUGCAUCAGUGA